AUGGAGUUAAAGCCUCUUCCACUCAUUCUAGGAAGACAAGACGCAAAUGAAGAAAGAGAGAAAAAAACUUCGGCAACAUUGUUGAGACUGUCACCAGAACAAGUUGAUAAGCUGAAGAAAAAAGCUAAUGGAAAUGAAAAUGAAAAUGAAAAUGAUAUUCUGGCAAUGAAGAAUAAAGGGUCAAGAGGUUUUAGUAGAUAUGAAGUAAUUAGUGCACAUAUAUGGAAAAGUGCAUCUAGGGCACGUGAGCUUGAAGAGAAUCAAGAGAGUGUUGUUAGAUUCAUAGUCGAAAUCAGAAAUAGAAUAAUUCCAAAUCUUCCUGAGAAUUAUUUUGGGAAUGCUUUGAUUCAAACAGCUACAAAAGGAUUGAUUGGAGAAAUCAGAUCAAAGCCUUUGGGUUAUGUAGCACAGAAGAUAAGGGAAGCAGCUGAGAUUGUAACAGAUGAAUUAAUAAGGUCACAGAUUGAUGUUAUUAGGGGAUUUCAACAUUUGGAUGAUGCAAGGGCUUUGUAUUUAGGUGAUGAAGGUAAGAAUAUUCCAUUUUUGGGGAACCCUAAUUUUCGUAUAAAUAGUUGGAUGAGUAUGCCUCUUUAUGAAGCUGAUUUUGGAUGGGGAAAGCCUGCUUACUUUGGAAUAGCUCGUUUGUAUCCACAUGAUAGGGCAUUCAUUCUUCUCACUCCUGAUGGAGAUGGAUCUAUUCUUGUGUGUUUGCAUUUUCAGAUUGCACAUUUGGAGCUUUUCAAAAAGUUCUUUUAUGAGGACAUUUGA